AAGGGACAUGUGAAAGCCUUGUUGAGCAGACACUCCUGAUCGAUCAGACUAGAGCGGACAGACAUACAGAGCUGCAAAGGGUGACAAAAAGAAGAAAUAACAAACGCCAAGAUGUGUUGCUCCGGCUUUCUCAAGAUCAUGAUGUUUAUCUUCAAUGGCGGCAUCUUUUUGGCAGGUGCGUGCAUCCUAGGUGUGGGCGUGUGGGUGAAGGUGGACAGUGGUUCUCUGCUGGGUUUGCUGAAUGAUGUGGAGGACGCGCCAUCUGGGUUAUCCCAGCUGGUUAAUGUCAGCUACCUGCUCAUCGCAGUGGGCGCCGUGCUGCUGGUCAUUGGCUUCCUGGGCUGCUGCGGAGCUGUGAGGGAGAGCAGGUGUAUGCUGCUGACGUUCUUCAGCAUUGUGCUGAUUAUCUUCCUCAUCGAGGUUGCAGGAGCUGUGGUGCUGCUCGUCUUCAAUGGUUUGGCUGAGCAGAUUCUCAAUCAUCUGGAGGACGAAGUUAGAACAAGCAUUAGAAACGGGUAUGGACGCAGUGACAGUUUCACCUCUCUCUGGAACGCCACCAUGGAGGAGUUUGAGUGCUGCGGAUACAAGAACUACACAGAUUUCUAUGACUCCCCUUUUUACAAUAACAGCGGAAAUCUUUAUCCAUUCACAUGUUGCAAUGAAACCAUCGCCGUGUGCACCACAAACCAAGCCCAUCUUUCGAGGAUUGAUGGCUGCUUUACAAUGCUGCUUCAGCUGAUAGAGGACAACGCUGUGAUCAUUGCAGCCGUUGCUCUAGGAAUCGCUGCUCUUGAGGUUGCUGCCAUGGUGGUUUCGUUGGUCCUCUACAAGAAUAUUGGCCAUAAGGAGUGAUAUUUCCUGUUGGGAAGGAGAUAACGACAUUGUAAUCAAUCAGUGGAGGAAUCGUACUUGCAGGCAUAAGCAGUUUUUAUAUGUAUGAAGUUUUUUUUUUUUUUUUUGAUUCAAAACAGACUGAUUAUCAGACAGACAAACUUUUAAUGCUCUACAUGCAUUAUGCAGAGCAUUCCAAUGGAGAGGUAGUCAAUGCAUCUACUAUGUUCUUAGUUUCAGAACUAUAUCUGUACACAUAUAUACUGUGAUUUAUUUAUGUUUUAAAAGGGGUCAUUGUAUGUGCUGAUACAUAUCGUUGGUAAUAUGUAAUGAUGCACAUGGCAGAAAGGAUCUGCACAAGUCGUGUCGGUUGUUUAUGUCUCUCACUUUCACUGCAAGCUGUAAUAUAAUGAAUAUAUUUUUGUAUGUUUGAUCAUAUUGCAAUAAUAAAUAUCACAAUAUCACCUUCUUUUAUU